GAUGACAGCUUGCGGGCCAUGUUCCAAGGGGGAAAUCCUCCCUCCGGGCCUUUGGUGAAGAGGCUUUGGUUGACAAAGCAGGCUGUUGGGACAUCCUCUAAGUCCCCGGCUAAGGGGAAAAAUCCAGGCCCUUCUGCCAUUGAAAAGGUGCCUCCACCCCCUCCUGCCGCAAAGGAGAUGGCUCCACCUCCAUCGCGACCUCCCGUCCUUGCUCGGGAAAAGAAGGCGGCCGCUGGGAUCUUGCCAAAUACGCCCCCCGAGGUGCGCGUCUCGAUGAACCCCCGAGCCUUGGAGAAGAUCCCCGAUGUCUUUCGGGGGACGAUCUACGAGACCGCGAGCUACACCGUGGACCACUAUUACAACGCCACCCCGAGGGACCUGCGGGAGAUCGAGACGAGGAGUCUUGAGAACGUGAUGGAGUCUUCAUUGGGGAUGACCCUCACGGCGUCUUUGGCUCUUCACCGGAGCAUAUCCCGAUCUAGGGCCAGGCUCGAGGAGAUGAGGAGCGAGCAUCAGACUGCCCUGGCCGCCCUUGCGACUACCCAGAAACAGGAACAGGACGCCAAAGACGCCCUGGCAGCCGUGCGGGCCGAGCUGGACGCAUCUCGACCUAAGCUGCUGGAGGCCGAGUCCACCAAGGUCGCCCUGGAUGCUGUGAAAGUGGACCUUGAAGGAGCUAAGACCGCCCUUGCGGCGGAGAAGGCUGCGCUUGCGGCGGAGAAGGCGACCUCCACCAUCUCCAUGGAGAACAUGUUGUACCAUUGCUGGGCCUUCAACCCAGAUGGUGACUUUUCCUUCUUGAGGACGGAAGCGUGGGAGUCCUUCCUCAGGAAAUUCAAAGCUCGCCUCCAACAAGAGGCGCCCUCCGAGACCGGGGAAACUCCGGCCGCAACCGAGUAGGACGGCGAGGUGGUGACUUCAACAAAGCGACCCGACGGGGCCUAGGAAUUCUUUUUCUUUUUAUCCUUUACAUUUUUUUUGUAACUUUAUAUUAUGAGGUUUCUUAACCUCGAGACAAUUGGUUUUUUCAACUUUAUUUUAAAUUGAUUUACAUCCUUUUGCCUCUA